GUGUCUCCCACCCUGGGUUCCCAUUGCUCCAGGCAAGCCACAAACUGUACUGUUCCUCAGCAGGAUGGAUGACAGACACAGCUUAUAAGAGAUAAAGCGUUUCAGUCCCUGGGAACCUGCUGGGUGCUGGGCUGCAAAUGGGUUAAACCUAGUCCCAGCAGAAGAAAGGAUAGGGCUGUGGUGCGCCUGCCCUCCUGAGGACUCCAAGCCGGUCGCCUGGUGCCAGUCGCUGAACUCCUGCCCGAGCCGUAGGGAGAAGCAGCAAUUUCAGCAGUCUUUAUGUACACGACCUGGAUGGAGCCCUCCUCCACAGCCCUGGGGAAGACGAAGGAACUUAUAAAGCACGGCCGCGAGAGGAUAGGACAAACCAUCAAGGCCUCCGGCUCCAGGCUCUGCUCAUAUGCUGAACGAGUUGCCUUUUUAAUGGACCGAUCCAGAAGCCCAGACAUCAGUCCCCAGCCUCCAGCACCAAGUGACAAUAUCAACCUUGGACCUUCUGCUAACCCAAAUGCCAAGCCAACAGACUUCGAUUUCCUGAAAGUUAUUGGCAAAGGAAGCUUUGGAAGAGUUCUCCUGGCCAAACGCAAGUGUGAUGGGACUUUUUAUGCUGUGAAAGUCUUGCAGAAGAAAACCAUCCUAAAGAAAAAGGAGCAAAACCACAUCAUGGCAGAACGCAAUGUGCUCCUGAAAAAUGUCAAGCACCCCUUUCUUGUGGGACUCCAUUACUCCUUCCAGACCUCAGAGAAGCUUUAUUUUGUGCUGGACUAUGUAAACGGGGGUGAGCUCUUCUUCCAUUUGCAAAGAGAGCGCUGUUUCCGUGAACCUCGGGCCCGCUUUUAUGCUGCAGAAGUUGCUAGUGCAAUUGGGUACCUGCAUUCCUUAAACAUCAUUUACAGGGACUUAAAACCUGAGAACAUCCUCUUGGAUUGCCAGGGACAUGUAGUAUUGACGGACUUUGGACUCUGCAAAGAAGGAAUGGAGCAAGAAGAGACUACUUCUACUUUUUGUGGCACCCCUGAGUACUUGGCUCCUGAGGUGCUAAAGAAGCAACCAUAUGACAGGACAGUAGACUGGUGGUGCCUUGGGGCUGUCCUCUAUGAGAUGCUGUUUGGACUGCCUCCUUUUUAUAGCCGGGACGUGUCUCAGAUGUAUGACAACAUUUUGCACAAGCCACUCCAGGUCCAAGGAAGCAAGACCAUAGCAGCUUGUGACAUCCUCCAGGGACUUCUCCACAAGGACCAGAAGAGGAGGCUGGGUGCCAAGACAGACUUUCUCGAGAUCAAGAACCAUGUGUUCUUCAGCCCAAUAAACUGGGAUGAUCUGUAUCACAAGAGGAUUACCCCUCCAUUCAACCCUAAUGUGGCUGGCCCAGCUGAUCUGCGGCACUUUGAUCCGGAGUUCACCCAAGAAGCGGUCUCAAACUCCAUCACCCACACACCUGAUUUAGCAGCCAGCAGCUCCAGUGCCUCAGAUGCGUUUUUAGGAUUUUCUUAUGCACCAACAGAAGAGGACAUCUAGGUUUUAUAAAGGCUUUGAGAAGCCAGAUUUUAACUGAAUGGGUUUUAUCCUUUUUGAAAGGAAUGGUACUGUCCUUUGCUCGUGGUUUAAGGAACCUGGGACUAAUACACUAACUGGCUAGGACAGAAUGGAAUUCUUAAUUGUUGCUGUUUGAUGGAUUUUCCUCUAAAUGACUGUUUCUUUGGUAGGGGAGGUGGGACACUUUUUUUUUUUUUUUUCCUCCCUGGGUGUUUUGUACAACCCUGGCAGAAUUGUAACCACUCUGUAUUUAUGGUUGAGGUAUGUACCCUCACUCACAUCAGCCACAUCGCUGUAAUUGGCCACUUCUUUUGUGUGGAGCUAACUCAGCCCAGCUAUGUCUCUUUAUUUUUUCCUUCCCACACAUGCACCCCCUUAACAGAGGGAGACUGAUCACGCUACCUACAGCGCUGGGAGAAGCAGCGGCUUCCUUCCUUAAAUAAGCACGAGUCCACUUAAAGUGGUUGGGGAAAGGGAGGGUCUGUUCACCAGGGUCCAGACAAACUGAACGGGGUUAGCUUAGCAAGUCCUUUCUCUAAGGCCAGCAAAAAUCUGGUAGCUGCAGAGGUGCUGCUGCCUGCAGGCACUGGUCAGCUUUAAUACUUCAGGCCAGGGCUGCAAGCGUCCGGUGGGACCUCCCAAGCAGCAGUGCUGUGUGGGCAGUACAGCUGAGCGUUGCUGCUCUCUGAAGGAAGCCACCGCUGCAUCCAGGACAGAGCUUGUGGGUGCCGUAGCUGGGCUGAGAAGCUGUCGAUGGGGUAUUACCCCAAAGGCAGCCAGCGGUCUGUAAGUCCUGAACUGUGCUGUGGUUUUUUCGAGCCGGCCGCUCGCCACGGUGAACGGAUCUUCUCCUCUCCCACCCAGGGUUGGGACGCUGCAGAAGCAGCGAGGAGGCUGCUAUGGAGGGGGCCAAUGUCUGCAAAAACUCCAGGUAAAAGGGCUGCGGGGAGGGGGCCAGGCAGCUUGGCCAAGCCCUGCCUGGAGGGAAAGGGAUCCUUGCACAGCGUGGACUGCGUCUCUUGAGUCGCCUCCGAGGAACAC